GACACACCCACUCGCCUAUACUCUCGGCCGCAGUUAGCCAUAUUUGCGAAAUCCCUGCUGUAGACUAUUUGUCUGAGUGAGUCACAAGCACUGGAAAUUAAGAUAAUUUAGUAAGAGAUCAGUUAUUAAAAUGGGCAAUUCCUAAUCAGAAAAACUGAAAUAAUCGCAGAUAUAAAUGGGUCUCGUGCCCGGCAAAAUAAUGGCACGUCGUUGUUUAUUAUGACGUCACGGCUACCAUAGCUACGGGGAGCUUUGCAGCUGUUCUCCGAAUGAAUACAGUCAAAUGCUACUAGCUAGCUAAUCCACUCACUGAGCCUGAACAGGAGCCACUAGCUGAGCAAACCAUGGGUUUGCUGUCGAUUCUGCGAAGACUGAAGCACUCUCCGGACCAGGAGGUGCGGUUACUGUUGCUAGGGCUGGACAAUGCUGGCAAGACCACCCUGCUUAAACAGCUGGCCUCAGAGGAUGUCAGCCACAUCACCCCUACUCAGGGAUUCAACAUAAAGAGCAUGCAGUCCCAGGGAUUUAAGCUAAAUGUUUGGGACAUUGGAGGCCAGCGCAAGAUCCGCCCGUACUGGAGGAACUACUUUGAGAACACAGACGUACUGAUCUAUGUGAUUGACAGUUCAGACAGGAAACGCUUUGAAGAGACCGGUCAGGAGCUAGCUGAGUUGAUGGAAGAAGAGAAGUUGAGCAUGGUGCCACUGUUGAUAUUUGCCAACAAGCAGGACCUGAUGACUGCGGCUCCUGCAUCAGAGCUAGCUGAGGGCCUCAACCUGCACACCAUCAGAGACCGGGUAUGGCAGAUCCAGGCCUGCUCUGCAAUUACCGCAGAGGGAGUACAGGAUGGCAUGACAUGGGUGUGCAAGAAUAUAGCAGUUCGUAAGAAGUGACGCCAGGGGCAUACUUAUUCCCAAAGACUCAAACGAAGGGUAGGAGGUGAAAGGUGGAGUGGUGUUCAUUAUCAAAGCUUUUGACUUGCUGUCAUAAUAUGUUUUAAAAGUAUUGUGAUAUUUUUUUAUAUAGAUCAUGAGCCAGGUCAAUGGAGUAAAUACUUUAAAGGGAAACGUUCUGUAAUGUUGACAUUACCAGCAUUUUAUUAAUGCUUCGAGUUGUAUAUACUGUAUAUACGUUAUUUAAAUAUUUUAAUUAUUGAGAUAUUACUCACCUGUCAUUUCUGUGUGCUUACUUUUGCCACCUUUUUGUAAUAGUCAGGAGGCUUAUUAUGAAGAUGUCUACAUUAUGAAAGUCGUUUUUUAAGAAUGAACAGCUGAAUAGACACUACCCACUGGGCACAGACAUCAGUUCCAACAUCUACUUUUGAUUUACAUUUGGUUGAGUUGUCAACUAACAUGAAUUCAACGUGAAAUUAAUAAAAACUUUCACCAUGUCAUUGGAUUUAGGUUAAAAGUAGGGUGGAAAAAAACACAACAUGCCCGGAAGUUGAUGACAUUUCGUUUUCCACGUUGACUCAACGUCAUCACAUAGAUUUUUGGGUUGAAAUGAUGUGUAAACAAUGUUGAUUCAACCAGUUUUUGCCCAGUGGGUACUUUGUUGCGUGUAUGUGAUUGAAACUCUGUCCUUAGUACCAGUGGGGCAAGGAAAUAUCCUGCUCUGUAUCAGUAACCAGGUUUCCAUCCAACCAUUUCAUGCUGAUUUAAUUACCUGAAGAAUGAACAAAUAAAAUGUGGUUGUUCAAAAUGGUCUGAUCUUUUUGUGACGGUAAAAUAAAUAAUGUGAGAAAUGGCA